AUGGCCCGUGAAAUGACUGCUGCAAAAGCUGGGAAAAUGUCUUCUCGUGCAGGGAUGGCAACACCACCAUUAGACGCAGCAGCAACAGCGGCAGCCCCGGCCGAAGAUUUGCCGUUGACACCGCGCCCUAAGCAACCAGUGGCUGAGGAGGCGCCGUCGAAUGAGGACCUUCCACCCACCACUGCCUUGGCUUUGCGGGAUGAGGUUAUCUGGAGCGACAGCGACGAUGACAAUGGUGACGGUAGCGUGUUAUUGUUUCCUGACGCACAGGACCUGGUGGAGAAGCCGGGGAGUACUUUGAAUCUCAUUCGUCUCGGUACGACGCAGAAGUUGGAUGAAUCGGACAGCAGCGAGGAUGAGGCAACCCUCAACCGCGUCGGGGACAUUCCCCUUGAGUGGUACAAGGAUGAAGCGCACUUCGGCUAUGAUGUUGAGGGUCGCAAGCUGAUGAAAAGCGAACGCUCCGCCUUGGAGCGGCUGUUAGAGGCAACUGAUGACCCCAAUGCGCUGCGCACCAUCUACGACGCCUUGCAUGACGAGAAUAAAAAACUGAGCAACGCAGACCUGCAGAUGAUCUUCAACCUGCAGCGUAACCGCACUCCAAAUGCCAACUACAACAUGUACGCUGAUGUGGUAACGGAUAGCGUUGAGUUCGACCCACUCAAUCACCCCUUGGCACGUGCGGGCGGUCCGUCGAAGAAAAAGUUUGUUCCUGCACAGCACGACAUGAAAGUCAUUGAAAAGAUGGUGCGUCGUAUGAUGAAGGCGGAAGGAAACAAAACAGAUGAGAAGGAGGAGGCACUGCCUGAUGAGUCUCUUGUGGUGUGGGACGACAGCAAGGUGGAGAUGGAGGCCCAUGCAAAGUUCAAGUAUCAAAACCGCGUGCCGAAGCCCAAGGUUCCGCCACCAGGCACAUAUGAGAGCUAUCGUCCUCCACCGGAGUAUCUUCCGAGCGACAAGGCGCGGCAGCGGUUUGCCAGGCUGCGACAGAUUGACCGAAAGGAAUACUUUCUACCACAAGCGUUUGAUGCACUACGACACGUACCUUUCUAUCACCACACGAUUCAGGAUCGAUAUCAACGCUGCCUUGAUCUCGCGCUCUUUCCCCGCGCACAACGUACCCGUCUUGUUGUGGACCCCUCGAAACUGCUGCCAGAGUUGCCGGAUCCGAAGGAUCUUCGACCGUAUCCAGAGCGGCUUUCAUUCCAGUACAAGGGUCACACAGCAACGGUACGUAGUGUGUCGGUUAGUCCGAAUGGGCAGUUUCUCGCGACGGGUUGCGAUGAUCAUUUAGUGCGUGUGUAUGAGGUAAUGACAGGCCGGCUGAUGAAGCGCUACGAUAUGGGGGGGCCAGUGCAGCAAGUUGAGUUCUGCCCUGUAAAGGCGCUCAACAUCUUAGCAGUUGCUGUGGAGUACAGUCUGGUGUUUAUUGUUCCCACCUUUGCCGCACAUCAGGUGGUAAAUGAGCACACGAUUCGUUACCUUCGUGCCCCUGGCAGUGCACUGAGGCAGUCAACGGAAAAUCACAUCCUUGGCGGUGAAGCCUCACUUGGAGGUGGUGGCAUAACCCAAACAACACUGGACAAGGACGAGUCUGCGCAUCGCCUCCUCCAUGAUCUUCAUGACAUGGAGGAGCGGGAAAAGCGCGCAGAGUUUGUUGACGCCUCAGCCCAAGAGCGCAGUGCUGGCAUUGUGGUCAAAAUUGCGUUGCAUGGUAAGGUGAAGCGCUUCACUUUCCACGCCCGUGGCGACUACCUCUGUGCGCUUUGCCCAAAGGAUCACGUCAAAUAUCGCCAGACGGUGAUGCUGCAGCUGUCAAAGCGAAAGGUGUUUUGCCCGUUCCGUAAAUUUUCGGAGAUCGUCACAGACUGCAAAUUUCACCCGCGCGAACCACUUUUCUUCCUAGCGACGACGAACUCUGUGAGGGUCUACAACCUUAUGGCCCACAGGCUGCAGAGGCGGUACAAGGCCCCAGGCGGCAUUACGACAUGCCUGUCCGUGCAUACCGAAGGGGAUAACUUCCUGGUAGGUGACACCACGAGCCACACGCAGUGGUACGAUUGUGACUUCUCCGACAAACCCUACAAGCGUAUGCGCUCUCAUAAGGGGGUGGUCAACGCUGUAGCGUUCCACACAAACACCAACGCGUAUCCCCUUUUUGCCUCUGGUGCAUCGGAUGGUCAGGUGCACGUCUUCCACGGCAUGGUGUACGACGACUACAACAAGAACCCCUUGUUGGUGCCUGUGAAGAUCUUAAAGCACCGCCGCGGGGUCUACGCCAUCGCGUGGCACCCGAUUCUGCCAUGGGUGUUCACCGCCACUGAGGACGGCAUUGUCUCUGCGUGGACUGAGUGA